AUCUUUAAAUGACCGAUUUCCUGUUGCAACCGUGGCUGUGCAAACUAAUGUGUUGCCACUAUAAAAGCGUCGGCAGUAACCAGACAAAUUAGAAGCGCACCAGGAUACAGACCGUACAGGUUAAUACAGGAUCAGUGAUCCAACCUCCUGGUUUUCGUCGUAGACCUACAUGACCAACUGACAGCAAUGGUUACGCCAAUCAGAAACCCCGACAUCAAAUUUAAACAGUUGUUUAUCAACAAUGAGUGGGUAAACGCUAUCAGCGGAAAGACAUUCCCCGUCCUCAAUCCGGCCACAGAAGGGAAGAUCGCUGACAUACAGGAAGGUGACAAGGCCGAUGUUGACAAGGCGGUGGAUGCAGCGAAAAAGGCAUUUGAACCAGGAUCUGCUUGGCGUAUUACGAAUGCCAGUGAUCGCGGUUGCCUGAUGAACAAGCUGGCUGAUCUUAUAGAACGGGACAGACUGUACUUGGCAAGCCUUGAAAGCCUGGAUAAUGGUAAACCUUUUAAUGACUCGUACAACAUUGACUUGGUCCUGGUGAUAAAAUGUAUCAGGUACUACGCUGGCUGGACUGACAAGAUCUGUGGCAAGACUAUUCCCAUGGACGGCGAAUUUUUCUGCUACACCAGGCAUGAACCUGUUGGAAUAUGUGGUCAAAUUAUCCCCUGGAAUUUCCCUCUCCUCAUGAUGGCCUGGAAGCUUGGCCCUGCUCUAGCCUGUGGUAACGUGGUUGUCCUCAAACCGGCCGAGCAAACCCCACUCACCGCUCUUUAUAUAGCCUCACUCAUAAAAGAGGCUGGAUUUCCCCCCGGUGUAGUGAACGUGAUUCCAGGCUAUGGACCAACGGCAGGCGCUGCUAUUUCUGAACACAACGAUAUCGACAAGGUUGCUUUUACUGGAUCUACUGAGGUGGGACAGAUUGUGAUGCAGGCCGCUGCGCGUACCAAUCUCAAGAGGGUGACACUUGAACUUGGAGGGAAAAGUCCAAAUGUCGUAUUUGCUGACGCCGAUUUGGACAUAGCAGUGAAUGCAUGCCACAAUGGACUCUUUUUCAACAUGGGUCAGUGUUGUUGUGCCGCAUCCAGGACCUACGUUCAGGAGGAGGUCUACGACGCCUUCACCAAGAAACUAGUAGAAAAGGCCUCAUCGCGAGUGGUUGGGGAUCCGUUCGAGUCUAAUACCAUGUCUGGACCCCAGGUUGACAAGGAACAAUUCGACAAGAUUCUGAACCUCAUAGAAGCCGGAGUACAGCAGGGAGCGAAACUAGAAUGUGGCGGCAAGCGUCAAGGAUCCGAGGGCUACUUCAUCCAGCCAACAGUGUUCACAGGUGUCACGGAAGAUAUGCGCAUCGGCAAGGAGGAGAUUUUUGGUCCCGUUAUGCAAGUCAUCAAAUUUAAAACCAUGGACGAGGUUAUAAAGCGGGCAAACACAACACAUUACGGAUUGGCCGCCGCUAUUUGCACAAAAGAUAUUGACAAGGUCAUGACCUACAGCAGUCAGGUCAAGGCCGGAACUGUCUGGGUGAAUUCCUUCAAUGUGUUUGGUGCCCAGUGUCCAUUCGGAGGAUUCAAGAUGUCUGGUAUUGGACGAGAACUUGGUGAAUAUGGGUUGCAUGACUACUCGGAGGUCAAAACGGUCAUCAUUAAAACUCCAACCAAAUUGUAAAAUGUUUCGUGAGGAAUAUCGCCAGUGGAGUAGGAGUUACCCAUCCUGGAACAUAUGUGCGCAGCAUAUCUUGAGUUAUCGAUCCAGUGUUUUUACAAUACAUGUAACAGUUAUGUUUCGUCAUUGAUAUCGAUACUCUGCACACUUUUUAUUUUAUAAUAAAAAAAAAUUUAUAUUUCAUUUAAUCAAUUAAAGGAACAAUCCACUGUAAUCAUAUCCCGGAAUGUGUUAAUCUUGAUAUAACCAGGAGCUAGAUGGUGGUUUCAAUGGUGUAUAUUUGCGUAAUGUAAGGACGACAGAAGCAGACAAGUGCCUGACAAUGUACCGUUUAAUUUACAUGGAUUAAGGGUGUAUCCUGCCUAAUGAUAUGUACCGAUAUUACAAAAGAAUUCUAGAAAAGUUCUAGUCCGAGAGUUGGUUGGAAGCAAUCCUUCAUAAAACAUAUGUUGGACUUGCGAGAAUGGUUAACUUUACUAAUGGUUUGUUUGUAUUAAUAUAAAAGGGUAUUAAUGAAACAUUAGCCAUUUAUAUAUGUCCUUAAAUGUAGUCCGGACGGGUUUUUGUCGUUUUAUCGACGAUUCCUUACCGGUUAUAAAAGAAAAGUCGAAAUAACAGCUUCAUCGCCAUUUCCCCACUUUUUAUAAACAUAGGGAGCAAGAUGUUGUUGGAAGGACUAUAGUCAAUUUCAGAGGAUUUUACCUGUAAUUACCUAUUUCACUUGUUGUUACCUGUCAUACCUGAUCAAUUUUUGGCUGAUGUCUUAAACUAACAUGAAGAUACAAUAAAAUGUGUUACGUGUUUUUGUU